AGAGGAGCGGCCGCUUUGCUAGCAAGCACUUACUUGGGUUGGAAUAGUUUGAGAUUUAAUUUUAGUUUCAUUUUUACUUUUUUUUUCUCCAAAUUUAGUUAGUUUAAAUUCAAGUCAAGUACAACUUUGUCAAAUGCGCUGUAUGUGCAAUGUAAUUAAUUUUUAAAAUGAUUAAUUCGUUAAUUAGAAAUUAGUUUUUGAGCGGGGUUGUGUGUUUUAUUGCCUCCUGUUGAAUACUUUGUUUUAGAAUUAGUUUUAGUUUUUUUAAGUUGGCGAUAGUUGCUGGGUGAAAUUUUAAAAAAUGGCAACUAUGUAUUGUGCAAUUAAAAAUGAAAUAUUUUAAACCUGUAUUAACUUCGAACAACUAUAUUAACACCUUUGCUGCUUUGCCCACGAUCCCUCUCCCUUCCUCUAUUAUGAUGCACCUGCAGAAUGGGAUAUGGUGGCGCACUGAUGUCUGAUAAGAUAAGAAAACCUUUGUCUCACAAUGGAGAAAUUCGCAACUUACAGCAGCAAAAUUUGCAGGAAAGAAAGUAGAGAAAAAUGAAGUCUUUGCAUGCACAAAAUAAAUGUUAAAAAAUGAAUUGUGCACAGUAUAUGCAAUAUAAAAUACAAGCCUAUAUGCAACUGCAUAUGUCAGCCUGUAAUGACUCUGAACUAGCAGAUAAACAACCGCCAACAAAUAAAAUACAGAUCGUGUGUUAACAGUUUGCAGACUUUGAAGUGCAAUAAGUACAUUAAACUGUUUCUAAACGUCAGAAUAUAUGACACAACCAUUCCUAAGACAUGCCAGAUGGGCUUUGUUUUUUAUCUCUUUUUCUUAUCUUUGGCUCGGAGUGUGAGCCGAUAAGGGCGGGCCUGGUGGUUGUCCAUUGUGAUGUCAGCAAAAAUGAAAAAGAAAUAAAAGGAACAUUUCAGAUGAAAGCUCAAGGGGUUGUUUCAUCUUGACAAUUGGCAGACUUGUCAAUGUCUUACGAGCAGGAGUCUGUUUGAGGAGUGCCAGGACGGGAGUUGUCAAUCGCAACUCUUGGAUGAAUGUGCAUUCCUUUUCCGCACAUGACAACAAAGCAACGAGGGCAUUUCAGUACCAUUGGUUGAUAUAUUGUAUGAAAUGAAAAAUGAGAGCACUUGUUACGUAGCAUCAUGGGCUGAGUGACAAAAUAGGCCACAGCAACAAUGCACCAUCAUCAACCAGCGCCAGCCAAUUUGACAGCGCUUGCCCGAUGGUGUCGUUUCUAGGCAACACGCAGUGCAGCAGUGCAGUACGGCUUUCCUUGGAUGCCAGCCAGAGGCUGAUUGUUGCCGCACCACGGAGGGUGAGCGAGGCAUAUGAUGGAACUGCAGCAGACUAACGCAGUCAAAAGCCAGCGUGCAGGUACGCCGAAACAAGGUGCCACGGUCAGCUUCCACGAUAUACACUACAAGGUGACACAGACCGCAGGAUGUUUGUGCUGGAGGAAGACCACCACCAAAGAGAUCCUCAUUGACCUCAAUGGGAUCAUGAAGCCUGGCCUCAACGCCAUCAUGGGAGCAACUGGCAGUGGAAAGUCAUCGUUCCUGGAUGUUUUGGCCGCCAGGAAGGAUCCUGCAGGUCUGUCAGGUGAAGUACUCAUUGAUGGCGCCCCUCAGCCGCCCGACUUUAAAUGUCUGUCGGGAUACGUGGUGCAGGAUGACGUGGUGAUGGGAACACUGACAGUCAGAGAAAACUUCAGCUUCUCGGCGGCACUACGUCUCCCAUCCAGUGUUUCCCGGGCCGUCAAGGAGCAGAAAGUGGUCCAACUGAUCCAGGAGCUUGGACUGAGCCGCGUGGCCGACUCUCGGGUGGGCACCCAGCUGAUUCGCGGCAUCUCCGGUGGCGAGCGGAAGCGCACCAACAUCGGCAUGGAGCUCAUCAUCGACCCGCCCGUUCUAUUCCUGGAUGAACCCACGACCGGGUUGGAUGCCAGCACCGCCAACUCCGUGCUGACGCUGCUCAAAAGGAUGGCCAACAGCGGGCGCACCAUCAUCCUGUCCAUCCAUCAACCUCGCUACUCCAUCUACCGCCUCUUUGACAGCCUCACCCUGCUAGUCAAUGGCAGACAGGUGUACCACGGCCCGGCACACAGCGCACUGGACUACUUUUCGGAAAUCGGGUACGUCUGCGAGCCUCACAACAACCCUGCCGACUUCUUCCUGGACGUCAUCAAUGGCGACUCGGCCGCAAUUGCCGUGGACGGAGAAGAUGCGGAUUCGGUGUUGAAAUCCAGGCAGGGAAUCGAGGACAAACUGGUGGAGGAAUACAGAACCUGUUCCGACUUCAAGCGGACCAAAGCCGAGCUGGAGAGAAUUAUCCAAGGUAAGAAGACGAGCCAGUCCACUCCCUCCAGAACCAUCACCUACAAUACCGGCUUCCUGACGCAGUUCCGCUGGGUUCUUAAGAGGACAUUCCGCAACCUCCUGCUCAACCCGCAGACCUCCAUCGCUCAGGUCGCAGUUACGUUGUUCCUGGCUCUGGUCGUCGGAGCCAUUUUCUUCAACGUCCAGGAAGACCAGAGCGGGAUCCAAAACAGAUUCGGCGCCCUCUUCUUCAUCACCGUCAACCAGUGUUUCAGCUCCCUGUCUUCGGCCGAGCUCUUCAUCGCGGAGAGGAAACUCUUCAUUCACGAGUACAUCAGCGGCUACUACAGAGUGUCCGUCUACUUCCUGUCCAAGAUCCUGUCCGACAUCCUCACGUUGAGGACCAUUCCCGCAAUUGUGUUCAGCUGUGUGGCCUACUUCAUGAUCGGCCUGAAGCCGACGGCAGAGGCGUUCUUCCUCUUCAUGUUCACCGUGACUCUGGUGGCGUACACCGCCACCGCCAUGGCGCUGGCCAUCUCCGCCGACCAGACAGUGGUGGCCAUCGCCAACAUCUUCAUGACCAUCGCUUGCGUCUUUAUGAUGAUCUUUGCAGGCUUGCUGGUCAAUCUCCCUUCCAUCGUCAGCUGGCUGGCUUGGCUGAAAUAUUUUAGCAUACCACGCUAUGGCCUCGGUGCUUUGCAGGUGAACGAGUUCUAUGGGUUGGACUUCUGUCGCGGCCUAAACAGCAGCAUCGUGCCACCGGGGACAACUUGCAGGGGUCAGGACUUCCUGGACAAGCAAGGUGUGGAAUACUCAUCUUGGGGCUUCUGGCAGAACCACAUGGCCCUCGGAAUCAUGACCGUGUGCUUCCUCACCAUCGCUUACCUCAAACUGCGCUUCAUCAGGAAAUUCACUUAGA